GAUUUUUUUUAUUCUGAAAUUGCCCGGAAGUUGUCAGUUGCUCACUUCCGGUUGUAGACGGCGUUGCUUUCGUUUUGUGUCUGACCUUUCCCUCACGUACUCCCAGCUCCAACUUUCUUAUUAUUGUUACUCUGCCUGCAGCCUUGAAAGUGUUCGGGUCAGGAAUCCGCCAUGGGCUUUCUACUGUCUAAAACCAUGGACGAAAACCUUAAAAGGCAGCAAGAGUUCAUGCUCCACAACUCGAGGCUACAGAUGGAGCGUCAGAUGCUGAUGCAGAACCAGAUGAGAGAGCGGCAGAUGGCCAUGCAAAUCGCCUGGUCCAGAGAGUUUUUGAAAUACUUUGGCACUUUCUACGCGCUGGCCGCUGUGGGACUGACUGUCGGAGCCAUUAAGAAAAAGCGUCCAGCCCUGUUCGCCCCGAUCAUCCCGCUCAGCUUCAUAAUGGUCUACCAGAUGGACAGCGGCUAUGGGACACUCAUUCAUCGUAUGAGAGGGGAGGCCGAGAAUAUCCUGAAGAAGGAGAGCGACCGUCUGGACAUGCCUCUGGGGAUCCCGACCUUCGAUAGCAUAGAGAAGGCCCGGCGCGCUCAAAGCCACCUCGCCUCCUUCCUGGAGAAAUAGCACUUAAGUUACGUUGUGAUGAGUCUGUCGUCCAUUCGGCGCAUUCACCUGAGCUGCUUUUGCUUUUUUUUUUUUUUAUGAUGGACUUUGUGAGAAUCCAUGGUUUGCACUAAUAUCGUAUCACGGAUUUCAAGUCAAAGUUUCGGCCAUAUCGGUGUGUGUAAUCAUGCUCUGGUGCUUGUGGGUUUGUUAUAAUAGGUGCACUAGUAGGUAAAUACUUUCCCGGCAGGUAGCAUGAAGCAGACUGGCUUAUAUGCGAUAUUGAAUCAGAUGGGCAGUUAUUUAGAAAUAUGCAGCCAGCGUGGGGAGCUAUCACGGCAUAGAAAUUAAACCACAUUAAGCAGACAGAUCAUUGCGCUUGCUUGCAUUUAAAGCAGCUUUUUGAAACAUUAGACUACCAGAGGGUAGAAAAUCUCCUCACUGAACGGAGCUGUGGGACACAACCAGGAUGCACUCGACUCCCUGUUUAUCACAGAUCUAUAUCUCAAAUCAGCUGACCGUAGAUGAAAUGGACAAGUUGGAGUUAGGAAACAGCACAAAGCUCCUCAUACAGUCAAAGCUCAGUGUUUUUGUGCAAAAUUAGUUUUUUUUUGUCUGUAUAAUAAUUAGCAGAUAAUCAAUAGGAAAACAAUGGUGCUUUAUGUUAGAGGUUCAGAGUCUGACUUUAUCAUCCGAUUGAUACUUGAUCAUCAAUCAGAUCAACACAGUCAUUUGAAAUGCAGCAUGUUGGUAACAGGAUCCUGUCCAUGUGUCUGCUGCUCCCUGUCUCCCCCUGGUGUUUCUAAUCGUCCAGUGGUUUUUUUUCCCCUUUGCUUGUUGUGACAAUGAGUGUAUCCACCAAUUUUUAGCAUCAGUGUCAUUUUUUUUUUAUCAAAUACAAGAGGAACCAGGAGGUUCUAUGAAAAAUAAAUUCAUAAAAUUCAGAUGUUUUUCAUACAGAUUCAUCUUAUUUAAUAAGAAAAAUAAAGCAAAACAUUUUUUUUCCCCAUUUUUUUUUGGGUCACUGAGAUUUAACUUCCUCAGACUUUCAUUUUAGAUUUUUUUUUUUUUUAAGAAACAUCAUACAGAUUCUCAACGCUGACACUUAAAGAUCCACUUUCCUUCCAGCUGUAUCCUCAGAACAGAAGUUGAAUGUAGACACCAAAGCUGUUUCUCCCUUUGCGUCAUUGAAUGAAUGUAAAUUGUCAUAAGGCUUCGUCGCCGUGAACAAACUCAUUUGUUUUUCACAUAUUGAGAAUAUAUUUGUACAUUCAAUAAAGACAAAAUUGCACAGA